GCCAGUACGAGACGUAGAAACCACUUAGGGGCGUUUCCAGGAAGAGAGUUGUUACAUUUUCCUGUAAUGGCGGACCAGACAGAGAGCGAGGCUAUCGGGUUCAGCGACAACAGAAUGGUGCAGCAGGCGGUGCGGUUUCGCAGCCCUGCGCCUGCACCCGCACCCGCCCAGACCCCAGUGUUAAGAGGCCCACCACCUCUCCUCAGGCCACCGCCACCCCCCUUCGGGAUGAUGAGGGGACCUCCGCCACGACCCCCAUUUGCACGUCCACCCUUUGACCCCAACAUGCCGCCCAUCCCACCCCCAGGAGGCAUGCCACCACCCAUCGGACCUCCACAUCUACAGAGACCUCCGUUCCUUCCGCCUCCCAUGGGGAACUUGCCGCCUCCUCCGGGGAUGCUGUUUCCUCCAGGGAUGCCCCCUGUUAUUGCAUCUGGAGCCCCGACAGAGGAAAUCUGGGUAGAGAACAAGACGUCUGAGGGAAAGGCAUAUUACUACAACGCCAGGACUAGAGAGUCAUCGUGGAGUAAACCAGAAGGUGUAAAAAUCAUCCAGCAGUCUGAACUGAACCCUCUUCUUGUAGCGGGGUCUGGUCCAAAUGUGGGGGUGACGGCAGCUGCUAGUUCAAGCAGUGUUAACACCACAGUCAGUAGCACAGCAGCCAUGCAGACUCAGGCCCUGUCCACGACCCCCUCCCGCACACUCGCCUCCAGUCCAGACUCCAGCACGCAUUCCCCCUCUGUGACUAUUUCAGCCCCUGUUGUAGCAGACCUACCCCCUGUCGCCACAGUGUCUUCAAGUGUAGCUGUGUCUCCAGUCACUGUGGUAACAGUUUCCACGAUGCCAUCACCUGUAACGGCGGUACAGACCAUGUCACUGCUUCCUGCAGGGCUGCCUCACAAUGUUGCCCAGCCCACUGCAGCACUUCCUGCCUUCCCCCCUGUGAUGGUGCCUCCUUUCAGAGUUCCGCUGCCGGGUAUGCACAUCCCUCUCCCAGGUGUAGCAAUGAUGCAGAUAGUAGGUGCCCCCUGUGUAAAGGCAGGCCCCGGCCCCAACGGCAUGCUUCCUGGCAUGGGCCCGCCUUUAGUUUCGAUGAUGCACCCACAGCUUUUAUCGGCCGCUCCUGCCUCAAUGGCUGGAUCAAUGCAGCUCCCCGAAUGGUCAGAGUACAAAACCGCUGACGGGAAAACUUACUACUACAACAACCGGACACUGGAGUCCACCUGGGAGAAACCACCCGCCCUGGUGGAGAAAGAAAAAGAAGCAGAAAGGAUCAAAGAGCGUCUGGCCCAAGAGGAAGCGGAGGCGAUGGAGAUGGAGGACGAGGAGAACAAAAUGGAAAACACUAAUAAUGAGAAACUGGAGCUUAAAGAAGAAGAGAUGACGGAGGAGGAAAAAGCAGCGCAGAAAGCAAGACCUGUAGCCACCAACCCCAUCCCCGGCACACCAUGGUGUGUGGUGUGGACAGGGGAUGAACGAGUGUUCUUCUACAACCCGACAACACGGCUGUCCAUGUGGGACCGGCCUGAUGAGCUGGUCGGCCGAGCUGACGUUGACAAGCACAUCCAGGAGCCGCCGCACAAGAGAGGCCUGGAGGACGUCAAGAAGACGGUCAUAGGUGUCAAUAAGGAGGAGCCAGAAUUAGCCAUUGCUACCGAAGAGAAUCAGGAUGAGGAGCCCACCAAAGCCAAGAAGAGGAAGAAGGAGGAGGUGAAAGAGGCGGACUCUGAGAAGGAAGCAGCAAUGGAGGCCGAGCUCAGAGCUGCCAGAGAACGAGCUAUCGUGCCAUUAGAGGCCCGGAUGACCCAGUUCAGAGAAAUGCUGCUGGAGAGAGGGGUGUCUGCAUUCUCCACUUGGGACAAAGAGCUUCACAAGAUUGUGUUUGACCCUCGCUACCUUCUGCUCAACCCAAAAGAGAGGAAACAGGUGUUUGAUCAGUAUGUGAAGACGCGAGCGGAGGAGGAGAGGAAGGAGAAGAAGAACAAGCUGAUGCAGGCCAAAGACGAGUUCAGGAGGAUGAUGGAGGAGGCAAAGUUCACACCAAGAACAACGUUUAGUGAAUUUGCAGUAAAGCACGGCCGAGACCCGCGAUUUAAGACCAUAGAGAAGAUGAAGGACAGGGAGGCCAUCUUCAUCGAGUUCAUCACUGCUCUGAGGAAAAGGGAGAAGGAGGACUCCAAGUCCAGAGGAGAGAAGGUGAAGCUAGACUUCUUCGAUCUCCUUAGUGAGCAGCACAUAGAGGGAGGCCAGCGGUGGAGCAAAUUAAAAGAGAGGCUCGAGACUGACCCACGAUACAAGGCUGUGGAGAGCUCCGCACUCCGAGAAGAACUUUUCAAACAGUACAUGGAAAAACAAGCCAAGUGUGUGGACAUCGAUAAGGAGCGAGAGUUGGAGCGGCAGGCUCGUAUCGAGGCCAGUCUCAGAGAGAGGGAGCGGGAGGUGCAGAAAGCUCGCUCAGAGCAGACCAAAGAGAUCGACCGAGAGAGGGAGCAGCACAAGAGGGAGGAGGCCAUCCAGCAUUUCAAAGCUCUCAUGUCUGAUAUGGUACGAUCUUCAGAUGCAACAUGGUCAGACACGCGUCGUAAUCUGCGGAAAGACCAUCGCUGGGAGUCGGCGUCACUGCUGGAGCGAGAGGAGAAGGAGAAGCUGUUUAACGAACACGUAGAAGCACUGGCCAAGAAAAAGAAAGAACAUUUCCGGCAGCUACUAGAUGAGACCAGCAUGGUGAGGAGUAAAAAGAUCACGCUGACAACCACAUGGAAGGAGGUGAAGAAGGUUAUCAAGGAGGACCCUCGCUGUAUUAAGUUCUCCUCCAGUGACAGAAAGAGACAGAGGGAGUUUGAAGACUACAUCAAAGACAAGUACAUCACAGCCAAAGCGGACUUCAGAACUCUGCUGAAGGAGACGAAGUUCAUCACAUACAGGUCGAGAAAGCUGAUCCAGGAGUCAGAGCAGCACCUUAAGGAUGUGGAGAAGGUUCUUCAAAAUGACAAGCGGUACCUCGUUCUGGAGUGUGUCCCCGAGGAGCGCAGGAAGCUCAUCAUGUUCUACAUCGAAGACCUGGACCGCCGUGGCCCGCCUCCUCCCCCAACUGCCUCUGAGCCCACCCGACGCUCUACCAAGUGACCAAUCACAUCAUCUUCUUGGCCGGUUCCUACUCCUCCUUGCCUUCCCUUUGGCCAGAGCAUGAUCUCCUAUGAACUCCCCCCUGAUCUCCCCGCCCAUCAGGCCCACGGCUGGCCUCACAGUGUUGUAUCUGGGGCUCAUGUCGCUUAGAGAUGUACCAUAGAGAUGAACGAUUAAGGUCUCUGUGUAAUGUCACCUCUUAGCCCUGAAAUAGCCCUGCAUUUAAGGCAGGAAACUGAAGUCACCUGAUAUGGAGGUGACCCGUUGAGCCCUCGUCUCUGACUGACAACAUUAGAGGGAGAGGAAUACUGAUAAGGCAGCUGCACGAGAGGUGUAAGCGGAUGUAAAGGAAAAUGAGUGUGAGUGAGAAUGAGUGUGUGUGUGUGUCUGUGUCUGUGUGGUGUGUGCAUGAAUGCGUGUGUGUGCAUGUGACUGAGGCGUCCGUAAGCCUUACUGCUCCACUUUGCCAGUCAUCGUUUCAGCGGCUCAGUGUGAAUGUUAGUUUCUGCUCAGUGGUUUACUCUGAUGUUACAGCAGUUUCUCUGUUGAAUGAAAUAAAGGCAACUUCCACUGUUUUUUCAA